AUGACUUUUACAAAUGCACAAAAGCAAAAGCGCUAUCGUGAAAAUUUGAAAGCCAAAGGCUUAUAUCAAAUAACGAAAGCCAAACAUACUGUACGAAUGAGAAUAUAUCGUCAAAAUCUAACAGGCACAAAGAAACAAGAUUACGAUAAAAAACAUGCAGAAUCACAAAGAGCUUAUCGUAAUAAAAAUAAAAAGUCCAAAAAUUCUUUCUUGUCAAAACAGUCUUUCGGAAAGGCAUUAAAAAAAGCAAAAUGUGCUCUUCCGAAAGACUUCAAUAAAAAAAAAGUUAUCGUUCGAGCUCUAGCUCAAGCAGUUGGUAUUGUGCAUCGAGAUAAUCAUCAACGUACUACUCGAAAGUUAUCAUCAAAAAUAAAAAAUAAAGCAUACGAACUUUUUCUUGCUGAGAAUCCAGGUAUUUCUGUGGGUCAAACGGCUUUUGCUGAAAUACGUCCUAAACAUAUUUCAGUGAAGUCGUCUAUGGCGCAUCGUGUAUGCAUUUGCAUAUAUCAUGAAAACGUGAAUUUACUUUUAAAUAGUUUAUCUAAACAUGUCAAUGGAUCAUUUUGUUCAAAUUUAUAUUCAUUUACAUCGGCUCUUGUUUGUGAUGAGUCAAAUUAUGAUUGUAUGUCAUCUAAUUAUUUUACUUGUGAAAAUUAUUUCGAUUUAAAUAUUAAAAAUAAUGUUAUUGAUAGACAUGUUCAAAUUAAAUGGUACCAAUGGAAGCAUAUUAGUGGUUAUGCCACAAAAGAAGAGCAACAAGGAUCAGUUGAACACGGUAUUGAAUUAUUAUCUUCUAAAGUGAAGACAUUUCUAUUACAUGUUUACAUUAAACGUCAACAAAGUAAAUUUUUCGAAGAAUCAAAGACCAAUACCGAUAAUAAAAAAAUUGUUAUUCAAGUUGAUUAUAGUGAAAAUUUUGAAAUAAAACAGCAAGAUGAAGUUCAAUCUGCUCAUUGGAGCUCCAAGUCGGUCUCUAUCUUUACAGCUUAUGCUUGGUGUGGUACGAACAAUUAUUCCUUUGCAUUAGUAUCAAAUAAUAUCAGUCAUGAUAAAUAUUGUGUUUACAAUUGUAUUACUUAUAUCAUUAACAAAUUGAAACAACAAUUACCAUCAUUAGAAGAAAUUCUAUUCUUUAGUGACGGCGCCGCCAGCCAAUUUAAACAACGAUACUUGAUGCGUAAUUUGACACGAAUGUCAUAUGAAUAUCAAUUGAUUCUUUCGUGGCAUUUUUUUGCUACCAGCCACGCCAAAGGCGUGGUUGAUGCCAUUGGUGGCAGUGUUAAAAGAAUUGUUUGGCAACAAAUAUUAACCAAAAAAGACAAAUGUGAAAAUGCAACUGAUUUUAUUAAUAUUGCAAAAACAAAAACUAAGGCUAUUAUUAUUGAUGAAAUAACACAAGAAGAUAUUGAUAAAUCAAAAGCUCAAUUACAAGCAUUUUUUUCGAAUACACUUUCUGUCAAAUUUUCAAACUAA